UAACAAUAUCUAAGAAAAAAAAAAUUUAACACAUAUUCCCACAUAAAUACGUUUUAUUGACAAAUGUUUUCGGUAAUAAGGUUGUUAUCUUUAGUUUCACUAUAAUUGUAUAGUGAAUAAUACACAUGUUGAUUGCAAGAAUUUGUGUUAUAAAUGUAAAUUUGUUUGUUUAAUAUUAGAAAACUAAUACCUUUUCACACGAGUCAAGCUUUACAGGACCUGUAAAAUAUUGGAAAUUUUAUAGGUUUACAGACUAAACAUAUUUAAUAUUAUAUUUUAAUUAUUAUAUUGACCCUUAAAUUAAUUCAAGCAAAACAAAAUUAAAAAGGAAUUAUAAAAACAUUUUUUGAAAGAAAAGUCAAUCGCAAAUAGUGGGGAAAGGUCCUCACUUCUGACAACAUUGAUUGUACAUCGCUUUGUAGAUUCACGCAACAGCGAAUACAUAAUUCACUUGUGUGAAGAUUUUAUAAUAUUUCUUUUCAUAAAUUUUAUGUGAAAACAUUAUCCCCAAAUUUGUUUAUAUUAACCUUUAAUUAAGAAAAAACAUUGUAUUGUUAAUUCGUGAAAACAAACAUGACUACUGCACUUUAUUUGGAACAUUAUUUGGACAGUUUAGAACAUUUACCAAUUGAAUUACAAAGAAAUUUUACAUUGAUGCGAGAUUUGGAUGCAAGAGCCCAAGGACUUAUGAAAGAGAUAGAUAAAUUGGCAGAUGAUUAUUUAAAGAAUAUAAAAAAGGAAUCAACAGAAAAGCAAAAAGAACAAUUAUCUCAUAUUCAAAGUUUAUUUAAUAAAGCUAAAGAAUAUGGCGAUGAUAAGGUUCAAUUAGCAAUUCAGACGUAUGAACUUGUGGAUAAACAUAUUCGUAGAUUAGAUUCUGAUCUUGCAAGGUUUGAAGCAGAGAUACAGGAUAAAGCACUAAAUAAUAGUAGAGCUCAGGAAGAGAGUACUUCUACUAAAAAAGGAAGGAAAAAAUUAAAAGAGAAAGAGAAACGAAAGAAGGGUACUGCGGGUGCUAGUAGCGAAGAUGAAUCUAAAAGUGCUAGGAAAAAACAAAAGAAGGGUGGCUCGGUUGCUUCGGCUUCUUCAGGUGGAGUUGUUGGAACUGGUGCUCAAGUAGAUUCUAAUACACUUGGCCAUUCUGCAGAUGUUUUGGAUAUGCCCGUUGAUCCAAAUGAACCGACUUAUUGUUUAUGUCAUCAAGUAUCAUAUGGAGAAAUGAUAGGCUGUGACAAUCCAGAUUGUCCUAUUGAAUGGUUUCAUUUUGCCUGUGUUGGUUUGACUACUAAACCAAAAGGAAAAUGGUAUUGCCCUAAAUGUUCACAAGAUAGGAAAAAGAAAUAAAUAGUAAAGAACUAUAGUUCUCUGAAUACUU